CGUGCGGAGCCGUGCGGUGCGGAACCGAGCGGAGCCCAGCGGGGCAGCGGCGCUGCCGGCGCCUCCCCGGUGCCCGCCGGGCCGGGCCGGGCGGGGCCGGGCGGCGGCGGGAGCAGAGCCAGGGAAGAUGACAUCUCCGUUCCUCUGAGCCAGCAGUGCCCAGGGAGAGCCAUGGAGUACGAGCUGCCCAACGCCACCGCCUUCUGGUUCUCCCCGGCCUCCCCCUUCGACAACUUCUCCCUGGAGGCGCCCACCAACACCUCCCAGAACACCACGGGCCAGCACUUUGACCUGACCAGCAACGCCAUCCUCACCUUCAUCUACUUCGUGGUGUGCAUCGUCGGGCUGUGCGGCAACACGCUGGUCAUCUACGUCAUCCUGCGCUACGCCAAGAUGAAAACCAUCACCAACAUCUACAUCCUCAACCUGGCCAUCGCCGACGAGCUCUUCAUGCUCGGCCUGCCCUUCCUGGCCAUGCAGGUGGCCCUGGUGCACUGGCCCUUUGGCAAAGCCCUCUGCAGGAUUGUCAUGACGGUGGAUGGCAUCAACCAGUUCACCAGUAUCUUCUGCCUGACGGUUAUGAGUGUUGACCGGUACCUGGCUGUGGUCCAUCCCAUCAAAUCUGCCAAGUGGAGGCGGCCCAGGACAGCCAAAAUGAUCAACGUGGCCGUCUGGGGCGUCUCCCUACUGGUGAUCAUGCCCAUCAUGAUUUAUGCUGGGGUGCAGCACAACCACGGCAGGAGUAGCUGCACCAUCAUCUGGCCGGGAGAGUCGGGCGCCUGGUACACGGGAUUCAUCAUCUACGCCUUCAUCCUGGGCUUCCUGGUGCCUCUCACCAUCAUCUGCCUUUGCUACCUGUUCAUCAUCAUCAAAGUCAAGUCCUCGGGCAUCAGGGUGGGCUCCUCCAAGAGGAAAAAGUCCGAGAAGAAAGUCACCAGGAUGGUGUCCAUCGUGGUCGCCGUCUUCAUCUUCUGCUGGCUCCCCUUCUACAUCUUCAACGUCUCCUCCGUGUCCGUCAUGAUCGUGCCCACGCCCGUCCUCAAGGGCAUGUUCGACUUCGUGGUGGUGCUGAGCUACGCCAACAGCUGUGCCAACCCCAUCCUCUACGCCUUCCUGUCUGACAACUUCAAGAAGAGCUUUCAGAACGUCCUGUGCCUGGUGAAGGUCAGCGGCAUGGACGAGGCCGACCGCAGCGACAGCAAGCAGGACAAAUCCCGCCUCAACGAGACCACGGAGACGCAGAGGACCCUGCUCAACGGCGACCUGCAGACGAGCAUCUGAGGGGACGGCGGGUUUGUCCUGCCUGCGCCCCUCCCCGGCUGCAGCAGGGGGUGGCACCACGGGGUCAGGGCAGGAAUGCCACCUGAGGGGACCGAUGGCCUCGGGGCUCCUCUGCUGGGCUCCUCUCUGCUGGGUUUGCUUUCGAGUGCUGGGAAGGAUACGGGUCAGGAGGAGCCGCCUCGCCAGCAAAACAAAGACAACUCACGGCGACACCAAAGUGCCACCGUGGGCACAGGUACGGCCGGGGUCCCCCGUGCCACCCUCGGGGCCGGCUGGCUUUAGGGCUCUGCACCUGAACACACCGGGCGACCUCAGGAGGAGCCGAGGCCACAGGUGUGUGACAACACGAGGACGCACCGACCUGGUGCGAUCUCCCGGCGAGUGUCCCUCCCGAGGCGACCAGGAUGUUUAGGAUUUCC